AUGAAGCCAGUUUCUUUUGCCAAUGCACUGUAUCUCCUCUUGCCCGUACUGGCCAGUGCAAUGCCAGCCCCGAUCACAGGACGAGAUAUCCAUUCGAGGGGCACGAGCAUCACGGCCCAGCAAAUCAUAGCCAUCGCACCAGGUGCCGCGCAAUCCUGCGCAAGUCGCGCUGAUAAGAAUGCUCCUACCGAGUGCGCCGAUGCUGAACAAGCGGCCACCAAUAUCGCCAAGUCGUUUGAGAAGUACCAGGUCACCAGUCCGGCUGAGCAGGCGGCGGUGAUUAGUCUGUUGGCUUUGGAGAGCGUCGAGUUCCUAUAUAAUAGAAAUAAAGUUCCUGGUGUAGCAGGACAAGGAAGUAAGUACAACCCCCAGUCAGCCCCCUGUGGGGAGAAGUCACUGACAUGGCAUCCACGAUUAGCCCGGAAUAUGCAGUCACCCGCCUUCAACUCCAAAUAUGCAAAUUCACUUAACGUCGCUGUGUCCAGCGAUGCGGCCCAGACCCUGGACAAGUUGGUUGAGAAUCUGGAGUGGGAUUUCGGCUCUGGAGCCUGGUUCCUCACCACGCAAUGCUCGGCAGAUGUGCGCAGUGCGUUGCAGGCCGGCUCAGAGGCGGGCUGGCAGCGCUAUAUCACCGAGUGUGUGCAGACUCAAGUGACCAAUCAGCGGAAGGAAUACUGGCAGAAAGCAGUGAAAGCGCUGGGUGUGCAGUCCUCUUGA